AUGAAUCCUCUCUCGAUCCUAGUGCUAUUCCUAAGCACUCUCCAUGGAGCUACUGCUAAUUCAGGUCUCAUAGCUCGUGACCAUCAACCCGAUUCGCAGACCAUUGCGGCCUACGAGAAGACGGGAAUGUGUCUUUACUACUAUACCAAUCGACAGCCUAAUUGGAAUAAGGGGCUACAACCUUGUAUUAAAUAUUGUGCUGACCAUGGAGGCCAUGGCUACUCGGAGUGUGACGUGAGCUCAUACAAGGGCAUAGAUAUCGAGAAAGACAGCGGUAUCCCGAAAUAUGUUGACGACGAUGGAUUCCCGUGGGUGGCGGCUCCGUGCAAAUGUGAGAACAAGGAUGUGGAAGCCAUCGCCACCGAGAUCAUCGAUUUAGUCGCCAAGGCGUUGGGCAAAUUGGACAACAUCCUCUGUGCAGUAUUCGUUUCUGCUAUCAAGGAGAUUGUCGACGUCGGCCUCAUGUUCGUGCCUGGAGGUGAAGCUGUCAGUGGUGCUGCUAAGGUCAUGCAGUAUGCCAAGUCAGCUUAUGAGAAUGGAAUGGACGCGGCCGGGUUUUAUACUGACUGGGUUGGUCAAGCAUGUGGCGUGCCGAACUGGAGCUUCAGUCUUGACAGCAUGUUCACGGAUAUGGUAAAUGCACCAGAUUCCAUGAUGGGCCCGGGUGUUGCUUCUACAGGCUGUCUGCUCACGAAGAAUAAAAGCAAGUGCCGGAAACGCAACCCAAAGCCUGAUCCCAAGACGUCCAGCCAGGUGUACAAGGGAACUAGCACUAAGAAGAGUAACCCGCCUGCGACAUCGAGCAAGGUGAAUAAGGGGUCAAGUGCCAAGAAGAAUGACCCGCCUAAGGCAACAAAUUCUAAAGCAACCAAUUCUAAAACAACAAAUUCUAAGACAACAAAUUCUAAGACAACAGAUAAAGCCACGGCCUGCAAGGCGAAGCGGGCUUAUCAGCCAGAGCCGACAAGAUUGGUGAGCAAAUUUGGCGACGUAGAGGAGAGGAAAGAAGAAGAGUGUAACAAUGGCAAAACAACAACCAUUGUGCACCGGACUACCACUGAUGCAGAUAUCGGUUACUACAUCCAAGACAGAAAAGAUAUCCCCAAGAUCACCUGCAGUUCGAAGCACUCUCAAGCGUGCUACCACUACCGCUCCGUUAUGUCUAGAUGGUCCAAGACGUCGAGCAUGACUGAAUGGACAUGCAUGGCAACCGAAACUUGGAGAGACGUGAAGGGAAAAAGAUCCUGGGGUAAUGACGGAAAGGCUACGAAUAACUGGGGUGCAACGGCGCUCACCAGGAUAAAUAGCCCGGCUACUCAGCAUUGGUUCCCUUGGGCCAAUGGUUUUGUAUACAGGGAUAUUAUUUCGGAGAAUGGCAAGCCUAAGACAAAUAAAAACCAUGCGACGAUGUUUCACGGAUGCGAAAGGGAUGAGUUCCCGCCUAGGUAUUUUUGGCCGGGCGACGACAAAGCACCUAAGGAUAUGAGACAAUGGGUACGAUUCCUCCCCGAAGACCAGAAUCGAGGUGCUGGUCAGCUAUGGAAGGGAUUCUGCAACGACCAUAACGCCCAAUCGACCAAGAUAAUAUCAAAAAAACCAACACAGACCUACGUGGUGAGCGCAAACCUCAAAUCAGACAAGGCUAGGACCUCAGUGGAGCAACCCAAAGGCAAGGAUAAGACUAUACAUUCAACUGUUAAAGUUAGCACACUACGGGCCAUCUUCAGUAUUUCCGAAUUUGAAGGCCUUAAGGCAAACGACGACGGAUUGGAGGAGAACCCAUGCUACCCGAAGGACUUGGUCGACGAUCCCGGCUGGGCGCUUCUAACGGACGAUGAAUGGUAUAAAGAGCACCCGGCAAGUGCGAAGAAUAUCGCCAACUACCGGAAAGCGCCUAGCAAAGCCGCAGUUGAUGCCGCUAAGAUAAAGGUCGACGCGGCUAGAAAGAAAGGGGAGAAGCUUGAUUCUAUGGGGGAUGCUGACAUUAAAAGGAUGAUGACCGCGUUCGCUGUGAAGACAGAGAAGGACUUGUGGAAUAAAUGGGUAGGUACCGGGGACGGACAGAUUCCAGAGGAGCUAUGGGGAGUCUUGCCAUCGAUUCCUAAGUUUACGAAGCCAAAAAAGCGUAGCUUCGUCGACGUGGCCGCCGUAAACGAUACUCUAAGCCUCGAGGACCGCGACGCGGAUGACCUGGAUUGGGAUGGUCACGAGGACGAUGUUGACGAUAUGGACGACGAAGAGCUACGUAGAUGGUUGGAAGAUUAUGAGGAGAUAAUGCGCCGCAUGUACGAAGAUGUGGAGACUCAUACGGCGCCUCCCGAGGUCCCGGCGGAACCUACGCCAGUUGCCCCUGGCGAGAGAGAUCUCGUCGAUCAACCUCCUCCAGCCGUGACAGGAUCGAAUGCUUCAGGUGGCGUGCCCCAGCCAACCAAGAUAUGAGCUUCACAACAUUAGCUACCUAGGUACUCAGUAUCCCGGGAUUUAACUGGUGCUCGGGGAUGCAACUUUCGCAGGAUAUAUUGGAACAUCGAUCUCUGACUCAUUUAUUAUUCGUCGACACUUAGAACCAAGUCUGGAUUACUUGAAGGGUGUCCUGAUAUUGAGGGUAUCGGGAAUUGGCAAGCUGCCAGAUACCAUCCCGUCGGAGGGCAACACCCACCCGCCAACCAAACCAAAUUAUUUUAACAUGUAUAUAAGUAUGCGGUAUCUGAUAUAGUUUUAAAUAUAUAUUAUAUUAAGC